GAUAUUGACAGUACUUGUGGUUCGUAUUUCUUACAGGAGGAUCUUGGGUGCAAAGAUUUUAAACUUGACUAGUCGUUCUUCGCUUAUAUCAAUUUAGUAGUUGUGCCAUUAUAGCUGCUGGUUAUCUGUUCCUAUCAUCAACCUUGCCAUAGACGAUUUGAUCCCAGAACUGUACAUGGUGUCAUCUAUUCUUAAUACACCGUCCAUUCAUUUAUGCUUUGUCAAUUAUUUUGUCUAAUUCGUUUUCCAUUUCUUUCAGUGUAUUCAUUACGCCGAACCACAACCACAAGCAUAUGGUAUAAGAUCAUACUCAUAUAAAUCUAGCCACAUAUCUUGCAUUUGGAUCAGUUCUACUAAAAAGUCAUGCAGAUGUUAACAUCAGAUUUUGGGGGAUGUUUAAUGCGAAAACACUAGCACAAAUGACACUCUCUUGGUUCCCAACUGCAGUAAAUAAAUCAUUUAUUACACAUAUCUGGGUGUGCUCUGCUCUGUGCAGAAUUCUUGGCCAUUGAUUCACAUAUAUAUCAAAUGUACAUGUUAUUUAUCCUCAAAUCACUACAUAGAAAGAUUUUUGGAGUUUGGGGCAUAGCUUACGAGUUACAAAUUUGCAAGGAAGAAUAAAUCUCUUCUAGUCGGGCAAGAGAAAGCCUCUAUGCUAGGGAGGCGAAGUUCUGUAUCUGCAGAUAAGCAUAACCGCUGUAUGAUUGUUCCAUCUACAGUUAAUAUGGUUGCAGAAGCUAUAGAAAGAAAAGACACUUACUGGUUUGUUCGGACAAAAGUACCAAGCAAUCUGGUUGUACAAAUUGGAAAGAAGCGAAAAUUCCACCUGCAUAUUCUUCCUAUGAUCUCAAGAAGUGCCUAUCUGAAUAGAAUUGUGUUUGAGAAGAAAAAUGCUGGCAUGAGCAUUAACAACUUACAUGUCGAACUGAAUAACCUUCCGGGUGGAGCUGAGGUAUUCGAGCUGAUAGUGAAGUUCUGUUAUGGUUGGAAAGUAGAGCUAACAGCUAAUAAUGCUGCACCAUUAUACUGUGCUGCAAAGUUCUUGGAAAUGGUUGAUGAUCUAGAGACUGGUAACCUCAUUUCCAGGACCGAAACUUUCUUAAGCUUCAUAAUAUUUUCUUCCUGGAAAGACACAUUCCAAGUUCUGAAAACCUGUGAAACAAUUUCUUCAUAUGCCAGAGAUUUGCAGAUCCAGAGAAGGUGCUCUGAGGCGAUUGCUUGGAAAGUUUGUACAAAUCCAACUGCAAUCUCUCUUGGCGAUGAUGAAUCACAAUGCUUCAAUUUUUGGGUGGAAAAUCACACUGAUUUUUCAUAUGAGAAAAAAAUAGCAGAGAAUUGGUGGUUUGAAGAUGUUUCAUUGCUUAGAAUUGAUCAUUUCAUUGAAGUAAUGACUUUCAUUAGAAAGAAAGGAGUUAAACCCGAGGUUUUGGGGUCCUGCAUAGCCUACUGGACUGCUAAAUGGCUGUCGAGAAUCUCAUUUGGGGUUCGGAUACCAACCCACAAAAGCAUAAACCAUCAAGUAAGAAGGGUGAUUGUUGAGAGCUUAAUUCGGAUAAUACCUGUUGAGGAAAACUCAGUACCUAGCAAUUUCUUGCUUCAUCUUUUGAAGCUUGGUUUGAUGAUGAAAAUCGAUGCCAGUUUAUUGUCUAAUCUGGAGAAAAGAAUCGCCUCAACCUUGGAGAACUGUCAACCAGUAGACCUCUUGGUUAAAAAUUAUGGAGAAAGUGAGACUUUGUAUGAUGUUAACAUUGUAGCAAGGAUAGUGGAUGCUUAUGUUUCACUUGCUUCUAGAAAUUCUGCGUCGAAGAUCUUUGUAGUUGCAAGGCUAGUGGAUGGCUUUCUGGCACUUAUAGCAAGGGACAAGACUCUUCCAGUUGAUGAUUUUCGAAUGCUUGCAGAAUUAUUCCCAAAGAAUGUUAGAUACUCUGAUGACAAUCUCUACAGAGCUAUAGAUAGAUACCUCAAGGCACACCCAAACUUGUCUGAGGAGGAGAGGGAAGGGGUAUGCAGAGUCAUGGAGUACCAUAAGCUAUCACAAGAAGCACGUGAGCACGCGAUGAAGAAUGAUAGGCUGCCAUUGAAUAUGAACGCACAAUUUAUGCUUCUUCAGCAAGUGAACAUGGUGAAGUCAAUGGUAAACGAAGGGUCAAUGUACAGAAGAACAAGUGCACAGAUGAUUAUCAGCAAGCAAAGCGAAUGCUUCAAGGUUCAAAAACAGAUGAAGAUUAUGAAACAAGAGGUUGAAAACUUGAAGAAUGAGUUGAAUAAGGUGCAGCUAUGUAGAGUAUAUAUAAAAAAACUCGCUAGGAAAUUGUAAGUUGAAAAUAAGGCUAAAUUUCUGUUUGUGGUACUCUGAUCUGUCUUUAAGCACCAACAUAACGUGAUAAUUCAACUUUAAACGUUUUGUCUAAUAAAGGUGUGUGUGCUAAUGCAUUGGUAAAAA